CACAAUUUGAAUUUAAAUUUGAAAACUUAUAGAAUGGAUAAAACUAGAAAGAAAUUAACUAGUGAAGUAAAUAACAGAGUACCAGUGGUAUUGGAAUGCUACAGAAAUGUUGAAUGGCAACGGGUUGUUCAUUCUCCAUUUGGUCCAGUCUUUAAGACUGGUGUACUUCCAACUAGAGGUUACUGGGUGCCAGAGCCGCCACCAGUCCAAUAUCUAUACCGGCCAAUUCCAGUAGCUCUACCAUACAAGUCAAAUCAAGGACCACUUUGGUACCCAAGCUCUCCUAUGUGCAGCCAACAUGCCUCGUGGGAUUCUACAUCAAGUGUAUCUUCUCCUCAUCCAAUCUCCACAUCCACUCCAAGGAUGGGUGUCAAUUUGAGAGAUCAAAAGAUGAUU